GCAAACCAACAUGAUAAUGAGAAGAGCAGAGCACAAAUAUCAGAGACUGGUUGGAUAGUUUUUGGGGCUGAGCCAAGGAAGAGUUAUUUUUGAAGCAGUAUCCCUGGCGUCUCUUCCCACGACCAAGCUUAGCGCUCACAUAAGCCCCAGUGGGACUACCUGCUACAUAACAUCAAACUUGUUUUAUAUAGAAGUUCAGCUGGAGAAGGAUGGAAAUGUGAUGGAUGUAAAGUUGGCUCACCUUGGGGAAGCUCCUGUGGUUUGUGAUGACUUGGUGCAGCAUCUAAGGUAAAGAAUCAUGUGCAGAAUUGAAUGGAAAAGAAAUCCUGAGUCUUGUGUUUCUCUGAAUGUUGUGGAGAAGUCAAGGCUAGAAUGGUUUCAGUAUAAGAACUGAAGAAAAAAAGAAAAAAGAAAAAAGCAAGAAUCAGGAAACAAUAAUAUGAAUCCAGAGAACAACAGAGCAACUCGCACCUUUUUGGAUUUUGUUUUAUGUGGGAAGUUGAUUCCAGUGCUCCAUUUUGGAGGCUAGUGGUGGUUGUAGCUGUUAUUACCUGCUUCCAAUUUGUGAAUUCAAGGCCAAAACUGCAGCCAGUAUAAUUUUGAAAAGAUACUCCAGGCAUUACUUAUUUCUCAAGUCAUUCCAUUGAAAACAGCUAAAUUGCAUCUGCUUCAAUGGAGCAAUGGGAUGAAGAACUAUGAUGCCUUUGGAAAGAUUCUAGAAGACCUGUCAAAUCUCUAUCAAGUUCCAGGAAACAGUGAAGUGAAAGCGAAGGGAUACCUUGCUUUGCAGGCCCUUGAAAAAGAUCUUUAUUCAAUGUCUCUUUUAGACAGAACACAGGAUGUAAACAGAGUUACUGAAGUACUUCAUGGAAAAGUAGGACAUCUGGUGCCAAGAACUGGAGGAACUCCUAUGACCAUUGAAUUUUACAUUUCUCCCUAUGAAGUUUUGGAAGCAGAAAUAAAUCCUGGUUCCCAGGUAUGUGGAACAAAAACAGUUGUAACCAUUGAAGGCACAGAUACGCUCCACAGACUUCCUCUCUCUCCACUGCUUGUAGAUUCUCAAGUGGGAGAGGACGGCAACCCCACUUUUUUGCCACUGACUGAUGAACUCAGUGUGGAUUUGCCAGCUUUUUUUGUGUUAAAGUUUCAGCAGCCUAUUCCUAUGUCCUCAUCCAGUAUUGAAGAGAUACAAAGGCUCACAGGAAUUCAGAUUAUGGGCUUGAAACUAGCUUCGCUAUAUGAGCUGAUUGUUCAGUCUACCCUUAAAGAAAAAUGCAGUGAAGACUUGUCUACACAUAAAUCCCGUUUCUUUGUGUCUCUUCCAGAUUGCCCGAAGCACUGUUACUUCAUAAACAAGGGCUCAGAAAAAUCAGAUUUAGCAGGAGCCUUGGUCAGUAAAAUUCCAUUUAGCCAUCCAAAGUGUGUGCCUGACGUAAUAGAGAUUCUUCGACAUCAAGUGGCAUAUAACUGUCUUAUUAGCAGCUGUGUCUCUGAGAAGCAUAUAAAUGAAGAUAAUUCAGAACUGCUUUACUUUGAAGUGGUACCACACAAGAAGACCAGCUUUUCUGUCUUUUUCCUUCAUCCUCUGAAAGAGAAUUUAGCCUGUGUGCUAAUUGAUGUUAUAACCUCCAGAGAAAUCCAAUGUCACCUUCAUUUAAAUCGUCAAGAUCCAACUCUAAAUUCUAGUGAUGACUUUAUAGCAAGAGCCGUGAAGCGGUGCAUGUCAGUCCCAGUUGUCAUGAGAGCUAUUUUCAGGAAUGCUGCCAAGGUGAAAGCUGAUAGUGAAACACAAGAUGUGGAAGUAGACACGAAACAAAAACCUGAACCACCACGUGAGCAAAUUACGGAUUCUGAUAGUCCUGGAGAAAGUCUUUCUGUGGCUGGUCAGCAAGAUUUGGUAGUGAGUGAUAAGCCAAGUACUACAGACAGCUCAAAAGAAAAUCUCUCCACAGCCAAACUGGAAACUCCAGGUGAUAACAGAGAAAAAAGUAACCCCACAAUAAGCACAGAAACUUUGUGUGGAGUGGAGGAAAGUAAUUCCACAGCUAGUACAGAAGCUGUUAUGAUAGGUAAGGAAAAUACACAAUCUAGUGUUUGAUAAUCAAACAAGAAAGAAAUAUUUUCACUGGCAUAGACUGCUUUUGUAGAAGAAGCUGGAGAGAACUUGGCAAGCUCACUGUCUACUUAGUAAUUUGUGAAUGGAGUUUCCUCUUUGGAUGCUAUUAAAUACAUAGAAGUAAUGCUCUUGAAUUUGCAUUUUUAAACUUCCAACUUUAGAACAUCAAACACUGCUCUAGUAACCUGUUAUUUUUGUCUGCACCAUAUUCUACCACAGUAUGGAAGAAAUUUCUAACAUAUGUGAUACAGGCUAUGACAUAACUUGUAGAAAAGUAAUGUUUAUCCAUGUCAGCAUUACACUAAAUUGAGAAAAAGUUGUUUGAACAAUUUUGUACAUACAUAAUUAAUGCAGACAGACCUAUUUGCCCACUAUUUCAGAAACAGGUUCAGUAAGAGACUCUUAAUUGCAGUUCUAUUUUCCCCUAAUGCAAAGUGGUACUGAAUGGCAGGCAAACUUACAGUCUACCAACUCCGUGGCAGGAUAAUAGUCUUUAGUAAGAAAGUUGUAAACUCAGUAUCUGAAAAUAAAGUAAUUUU